AUGUUUUAUCUAUUUUUUCUUAUUCAUAGUUUACGAGAUUUAGAAACUUUGUCGGAUGAUGAAGCUCUUUUUGCCGAAUUAGAAAACGAGGAAGAUAAUGAUUUGAGCGUUUUACGUGAAAAAAGAAUCAAAGAGAUUCAAGACGAAAUUAAUCGACGUGCAGCUAGAUCCGAAAAUAAUCACGGAUUAUAUACUGACAUUACAAAAGAGAAAGAAUUCAUGGAUAUUACCACGUCUGAAAAAUAUGUAGUAGGUCAUUUCUAUCAUAAGGAUUUUAGAAGAUGUAAAAUUAUGGAUACUCAUCUGGAGAAACUAGCAAAGAAAUACUAUGAUGCCAGAUUUAUAAAGAUUGACGUACAGAAUGCUCCCUUUUUAGUGGAAAAACUCCAAGUUCGAGUUUUGCCGUGUGUUAUAGCAUGGGUGGAUGGUUACGCGCAAACAAAAAUUGUAGGCUUUGAUGCACUUGGAAAUACAGACAGUUUUCAAACAGCCGCUUUAGAAUUAAAAUUAAUUCAUGCAGGUGUCAUCAAAAAGAAAGAGGAAAAAGUGCAAAAUAAAAAGAAAUCAAUUUUCCAAUCAAGUUAUGAUACAGAUUCAGAAUUAGAGGACGAUUAA